AUGACACGGCCAGUUUUCCAGGUUCAGUCCGGACAAAGUUAUUCUUUGGAUGGCUUGGCAGACGAUGUACUGAGGACUUUGCCUUUGUGCCAUCGAGUAACCGCUCCGCAAGGCGGUGCCGCAGGCGGCUUCAGGCGGUAUGUCCGCCCGGGAAAGCCUCCAGUUGUGCAGGUUCGCACAGACACUCGGAGAGGGCAUCACGUCACUUUGAUCCACGGGUUAGAGGCGUACGGCAUUGAUAUGCAGGCUUUGGCAGCCGAACUACAAAAAGCUUUGGCGUCAGCUGCCACGGUUGAACAGGCUUCUCCUACACAGGUGGCUGCAGUGAUGGUUCAAGGCUUUUGGGAUGUAGCUGUGGCGGAAUGGCUUGGCAAGGCCGGCGUGCCAGCAGAAAGCAUUCUUCAGCAGGCGAAAAAGGGUCAGCAACAGAAGAAAGCCAAGCAAGCAAGCAACAUUGUGAAGGCGUGA